AUGGCCGGUCAGAGGAAUACUCAUGGCAAGCGAACCCAUUAUCAGUCUGACUAUUCUGAUAAUGGAGGAAGUAAAAGGAGAAAUCCUGGUGAUGAUAGAGACCAAUUUGGUAUAGAUUCAGGAGAUACUGUUUACCGGUAUUUGUGCCCUGUAAAGAAGAUUGGAAGUGUUAUUGGUAGGGGAGGGGACAUUGUCAAGCAGUUGAGGACAGACACUAAGUCAAAGAUUAAGAUUGGUGAGACAGUGCCGGGGUGUGACGAACGUGUUGUUACUAUCUACAGCUCCAGUGAUGAGACUAAUGCCUUUGAAGACGGUGGUGAUUAUGUUUGUCCAGCACAGGAGGCUCUUUUCAAGGUGCAUGACAGAGUUGUUGCCGAAGAUUCCCACGGUGAUGAGGAAUCUGAUGGUGGUCAACAAGUUACUGCUCGGCUUCUUGUUCCAUCCGAUCAGAUUGGUUGUAUUAUCGGAAAAGGUGGACAGAUUGUUCAGAAUAUUCGUAGCGACACUGGAGCACAAAUUCGCAUUCUCAAGGAUGAACAUUUGCCUCCUUGUGCUUUGAGCUCUGACGAGCUUGUACAGGUAUCUGGGGAAUCCCUGGUUGUGAAAAAGGCUCUGCAUCAAAUCGCAUCUCGCCUUCAUGAUAAUCCAUCACGAUCUCAGCACUUGCUUACUUCUACUGCGCCCAAUAUGUAUGCAUCCGGUGGUUCACUUAUGGGACCAACUUCUGGUGCCCCAAUUGUGGGCAUAGCUCCGCUGAUGGGCCCUUACGGAGGAAGCUACAAGGGUGAUACUGGAGACUGGUCGCGCUCCUUAUACUCAGCUCCCAGGGAUGAGGCAUCUUCAAAAGAAUUUUCUCUUCGUCUUGUUUGUCCCACUGGCAACAUUGGAGGUGUGAUUGGCAAGGGUGGUGUCAUAAUCAAUCAGAUCAGACAGGAUUCUGGGGCAGCCAUUAAAGUAGAUAGUUCGACUGCUGAAGGAGAUGACUGCUUAAUAACAAUUUCAGCAAAGGAGUUCUUCGAAGACUCAUAUUCUCCCACCGUAGACGCAGCUGUGCGUUUGCAACCAAGGUGCAGUGAGAAAGUUGAAAGAGAUUCAGGAGUUGUCUCGUUCACGACCCGCCUACUUGUCCCUACUUCACGAAUUGGCUGUCUUAUUGGUAAAGGAGGAGCUAUUGUAACUGAGAUGAGGAGACUGACCAAAGCUAAUAUUCGCAUACUCUCAAAAGAGAACCUUCCCAAAGUUGCAUCCGAAGAUGAUGAGAUGGUGCAGAUUUCUGGAGACCUUGAUAUUGCCAAGGAUGCACUUGUACAAGUAGUGACACGAUUGAGAGCAAAUCUUUUUGAUAGGGAGGGUGCAGUGUCUGCGUUUCUUCCAGUUUUACCUUAUCUGCCUGUCUCAGCAGAAGGUUCUGAUGGUUUAACUUAUGAAAGUAGAGAUAGUAAAAGACACGGUCGUGGGCAUUCUUAUUCUGGUGGUUAUGGUGGCUCGAGCGAUUUGGCAGCAGCUGACAGUUAUGGAAGUUAUGGUGGUUCGCAGAUUGGAGGCGGUGCUUAUGGAGCUUAUGGUGGUUAUUCUUCAGGGCGUACUGGUAGCUCUGGGAUGUCAGGCCAGACCCCUUCUUCCCGUCGGAGAAACUAUGGUUACUAGUGUUUUCUGAUUGGUACCUGAAGCUGAAAUGUAUGAAGCCUGAAGCCAGCCUACUGCCUCUUUUGAUGAAGCCUACUGCCUAAACUGGAAGACCAGAUGAACCAGGAUUUGACAUUCUUCUGGCCUACCUUGACGCUUCUAUUUAGAGUGGAGAUCUUCUACACAUUUAGAUUUGCCUUUUCCAUGUUACCAAAUUUCCCAAGCUCAUUGUCUUGUGCACGCACCCAAGAACCUAUAUAUCCGGAUUGCCUUUUUACUGCAUUUUUUUCCAGUUCACAUUUCAUUCAACUGAAAACCUUGUUGCUUCCAGCCUCUAGUAGUUGUAUUAGUGUUGGAUUUAUUUACCUGACAGUUCUCAGCUAUGCAGCCUGAUCUUUGUGCUUUUUAAUUUACUGGAAUUAAGUCGAUCUUCUGAAAUUACUUAUAAAAAAAGUUGAUCUUCUGAAACCUAAAAUGCCAACCACUAGGGGUUGGCUUAAGUGGUAAGGGCCUUGGUCUUGGUGGUAUACUCUUUCCAUGUUUAAGAUUCAAACUUAUGGGUGCAAACAGUCUUUAGGGACCACGUCUCAUUGGUAAAAAGCAGAUGAUUUACCCAAUCCAUGUGAUUGAGACACAUUACUUUGGUCUGGAGUUUAACCGGGUUAAACACAAGUUGCAUUUGCACGAUCUCGGGGAUUCCACACAAAAAGAAAAACCAAACCAAUAAUGCGGUAAUGAAGCCGCUCUUUUUUUUUUCGAUUUCAGGAUUGAUAUUUGCUAUUAUGCCCAUCUAGAAGCAGAUAUCAAGAUUCAAGGCGCUGUUGAAAUUGGUUUUAUAAUGUUGUAAUUGUGAUAUCCAUCUGUAUCUGUGAAACCUUAGCUUUAAGGAAUCUGAUUAAAAUGAGUAAGCUGUGUUUCUUUGGUCUUCAUUUUCAUGAUUUUCUCUGACUUUAUGAGCCAUUGGAACCACUUGAAAACUGCAUUGUGAAGCCUACAUAGUGAUAGUACAACAGGAUAUUUACUGAAUCCGUUUCAACAUGAUUAGCUAUGUAUGCGAGUUGGUGGUUAUGGAGACUGACUGUUUUCUGGAUAGCCAAUCAGGUGUGCAUCCAAUAGUGUUUAUCUUUCAACUUAAAUAAUGCAUGGCUGUAUCACUGAAAUGCAUGCUUCGUUAAAUUCUGUUUGGCAGUUCUACUGUCUUGCUAGCAGGUUCAUUUUUAAAUUAGAUAUUUUGUGAUAGCGACGGAGUUAUCACCAAAUUGGGUUAUAAAGUCACCUCUUUUUUAAAGGCGUGGUUGUCUGGCAAUUGUUCCUGCAUGUUUAGGUAAGAUUGGGUGUUUGCAUAUAUCGGUUAUCGUGUAUGCCAUUUGAUGGAUGCUUGGAACUAUGCAUACUUUUGGAGGCUGAUUUGUAGAUUCCUUGGUGGUAGUCAAUACUUGACGAUUUUUGGGGUAGGUCAGUUUUCACACUGUGGGCUCCAUUGUGACGCCAAUUUCUAGCUCAUUGGAAGACAAUGUCAGUCUCAUUUGCAAUUCAUUUGGCAGGUUCCUAUCUGGUAUGUAUAUAAUUCAUAUUGCCUUUAUUACUGUCAGUUGUAGUACCUUUGUUUGUAAUGAAUUAUAAAUAAUAUUUCUAUUUCAUUUUUGGGUGUUUGUGUUUA